GCCCUCCUUCUCCGGUGCUGCGUUGGUUUUGCUCGGAAGCCUUUGAGCUUCCGAGGUUUUGAUGCUUAAGCCGUUGGGCUUCUUGGCCGCUCAAGCAUGCUGGAGCCGUCCUGUGCUCCCUCCUCCAAUGAUUUUUCUGGUUUAUGUUUUUCAGAUCAGACGACCCUCGGCUCUAUCCUGCAGAUCUUGGGAGGUGCUCGUUGAUUUUUCAGAUUUGGCCACUGUCGAACUGGAUCUCUGUCGCAGCAUCUUGGAAAUCUCACGCCAUCCUCUCCGAAGUAGAUUGAAGGGUGUAUCAUGGCUGGAUCAAUCGACUUCAGGUUGCUUGAGUGACUUCACCUCCCUUCCUCCUAUGCAUCGGGCCUACUCUGCUUUGCUUCUCUAGUUUGUUCUUUUCUUUGUCUGUUAUCCUUAUCCUUUUGGAUAAGGUCUGGACGUAGAUGUUGUAUGACAGUUUCUCAAAUGCAUUGUUUAUUACCUUUUUCUCAAAAAAAAAAAAAAAAAUUAAGAGGUGGAAGAUUA